AUGGGAAAGUUGGUUUGGAUACAUUUAAUGAUAGCAGCCGUUGUAAAUGUUCAGGGAUACUCAAAAUACGGACGUGACUGCAGGGAUAUUGGAUGCACUCCCGGUCAAAGGUGCAUUAUAGCAAAAGAGCCCUGUAUAAGCUUUAAUCAAAUUGAUGGCGCUCAAUGCGGAAUAUAUCCUACAUGUGAAGGAACGGAACACCAGUCUUUCACUUCAGGUGUCGUCUUGGAACGUCGAAAACGUCAAGCUAAUCAGCAGGGAUACGGAAUGGGUGGAAGUGGAAUGGGCAGAGGCAACGGAAUGAAUAACGGAGGGAACGGUGGCAAUGGAAUGGGUGGACCGAAUGGAAUGGGUGGACCGAAUGGAAACGGAAUGGGUGCACAGAACGGAAAUGGAAUGAUAGGUAAUGGAAUGGGCGGAACUGGAAUGGGCGGAAAUGGAAUGGGCGGUAAUGGAAUGGGCAGUAAUGGAAUGGGAGGGAAUGGAAACGGAAUGGGCGGUAAUGGAAUGGGAAUGGGUGGGCGAGGAGGCAAUGGCAAUGGAAUUGGACAAGGGGGCAUGGGUGGUAAUGGAAUGGGUCCUGGUGGAAUGGGUGGAAACGGUAUAAACGGAAUGGGCGGCCGGGGAGGAAAUGGAAACGGAAUGAGGGGCAAUGGAAUGGGUCCAGGCGGAAUGGAUGGUAAUGGAAUGGAACCAGGCGGAAUGAGUGGCAAUGGGAUGGGUAGCAAUGGAAUGGGUCCCGGAGGAAUGGGUGGAAAUGGAAUGGGAGGCCAGGGCGGUUACAACAGAAGAGGUGGUCAAAAUGGAAUGGGAGGACCACCUAGUGGGCCAAAUGGAAUGGGUGGACCACCUGAUGGACUACCUGGUGGACCACCUGGUGGGCCAAAUGGAAUGGGUCCAGGAAAUUGGCCGAGCAAUAACAAUUGGGGAAACGGAAAUAAUAGUAAUGGUAAUAGUCGCUUUAGAGGUGGCAACUCUAAACAAAACUACAAUACAACAUAUACGACAACAUCGGAUGGCCGGUAA